AUGGCCAGAGAUCGUCUCGCCGCCAUGAGGGCGCAGCAGUCCGGCGGCUACGGCGGCUACGGCGGAGGCAACAACGGAUACGGCGACCACUCGUACCCGACCCAGCAGACCGGCGCCGCCUACGACGGCGGCUACGCGGCGGUCCCCUCUCAGCAAGGGUACAGCCAGCCGCAGCAGGGAUACGGCCAGCAGCAGCAGUACCCGGACGCACCGCCGCCGCAGCAGCAAGGAGGCUACGGCCAGCAGCAGGGCGGUUACGGCCAACAGCAGCAGGGGUACGGCCAGCAGGACCAGGGUUACGGAGGAGGGGCGGCGGCGAUGGGCGGCAACGCGUACGAGAUGCAGGGCGUCGUGACGGAAAAGGCCGGGGGCGACAUGAACGCCUUCUUUGGCGACAUCAGCGACAUCCAGGACACGAUCCGGAUGAUUGAGGAAAACAUCAACCGCAUCUCGGAUUUGCACUCGCGCAGCCUGAACAACAUGGACGAGGCGUCGGCGCAGCAGGCCGAGCAGCAGCUCGCCACGAUCCAGCAGGAGACGAGCCGCCUGACCAACGGCGUCAAGAACAAGAUCAAGACGCUCGAGAGCCAGACGAAGCGCGUCCCCGCCGGCGGCGACAAGAACGUGCGCAACACGCAGAUCGGCGCCGUCAAGAACCGGUUCAAGGAGACGAUCCAGAAGUACCAGCAGGUCGAGCAAAACUACCGCCAAAAGUACCGCGCGCGCGCCGAGCGCCAGUUCAAGAUUGUCAAGCCCGACGCCACGCCGCAGGAGGUCAAGGCGGCGCUCGACGACGACUCCAACGGCCAGAUCUUUUCCCAGGCGCUGCUCAACUCGAACCGGCACGGCGAGGCGCGCGGCGCGCUGCGCGAGGUCCAGGAGCGCCACGAGGACAUUAAGCGAAUCGAGCGCACCAUUACCGAGCUGGCGCAGCUCUUCAACGAGAUGUCGAUCCUCGUCGACGAGCAGGACGACGCGCUCAACGUCAUCCAGGAGCAGGGCGCCCAGGUCGAGACCGACAUGCAGCAGGGCCUGCAGCACACCAACAAGGCCGUCGACUCGGCGCGCAAGGCGAGGAAGAAGAGGUGGAUCUGCUUCUGGAUCCUCAUCAUCAUCAUCAUCAUCGCCGCCGUCGCCGUCGUCGCAUCCAUCUGCUCGCAGAAGGGCAAGUGCUGA